GAGAUACGUAGGGAUAAACAGUUCGAGCUUCUUGCGUUUACAAUGACUUCAGAAAUUGUGGAGAAAAUGUCAUUUUCUGUUAAUCUGCCUCUUUUGACGAGAGCAACAUCGGACAGUGAUGAACAAACUCCAGGAUAUAUGUUCGCACAGAUUGAAGAAAUCACUUUUCAGCCACCUCCUCACAGUGAAUUGUUAGGGGAGUAUUUGGCAAGGAAACUAGACAAACCCUCGUCAUGUGUGAAACUUAAGGUUCUUAAGAUAAUGUCUCAUUUAGUCAGAAAUGGACAUGUUACUUUCCGGAAAUAUCUAAGGAAUCACGACACUUCUAUCAAGGAGGCUACGUCAUAUAGUGGACCACCCCACCCACUAUUAGGAACUUCACCUUAUGAAGCAGUGCGGAAAAAUGCACAGGAGCUUCUAGAGAUUUUAUUUGACGCUGACCGUAUAAAUGAGGAUGAGGAGAAACAUAUGUCUUCAACUUCCGAUUCUACAAAGAAGAAACAGUUGACAGGACUUGGUUCUUCUGUUAUCUCCAAGGGAAAAUAUGAAGGUUUUGGGUACACUGCCAAGGAAAAAGAAGAGACAGUGAAGGACAAAGCUAUGGACAUUUUAAUAAAACUAAUACAUCCAACUGAUGACUCAAAUGAAAUGAUAAAACAGGCAUUGACCAGCAGUUCUGGAGAAUACACACCAGUAAAAAUUGAUUCCUUGUCCAGCUCACAAAGUCAAGAUGCACCACACAACACUGAUGUUCAGAAGUUCAAAGUCAAAUCACAUGUACCUGGACGUGCUGGAGGUGGCUGGGAAUCAGAUGAAGAUGAGAAGUCAUUGGCAAAUCCACAGUUGCAGUCUGUAAACAGUGACAGUAAUUUAUCAAGUGACUCCUUGGAAAGGAUAGAGUCACAAGAAAAUAAUGAAUUUACUGUAGAAAAGCAGCUUGUAACAGAAUAUUGUAACGAAUUAGGACCAUUAUAUUCAGUGCGCAAACUCAAUGACUUAUGCAAGAGAUGCUGUGCAUUGAACUGUGUGGACGUAAUAAGAGCAGCAAGAGAUGUCCUGGAAACGUCAUUAUCUGUCCAUAACUACAGUGAAAAGCAAAUACUGCCUGCUCUUCUGAUUGUCGAAUGGUUUUUGAGAACAGAUAUAGUGCCAAUAUCAUACUUCACACAGCUGAUUUCACCUAAACUUAGUGAUAUAUUGAGGACAGAACCAAAGAUUGAGUCAGUAAUUAAAAAUAAAGCAAAAAAAUUAAAGCUAAUUAUUGAAAAGUUACAGUCAAUAUAACUAUAAAAUUACAUUUGUUUGAAGGGAACAUAUUUUUGUGAUUCUGCAUGGACAGUUCUAUUUUUUUGUACCUGAAAUGUCAGUGAAAUAAAUAGCAUAGUGGUGGAA